AUGGAGGAGAUCACAAAACCAGGUCUUGUCGGAAGAAUAAAGAUGGAAGCUCCGCAGCUAGCGUCGGUGUUGAGAGAAAUGAAGGAAGGCCUAGAUGGUGUUAGGAGCAAAGUGGAGGCUCUGACUGCAAAGGUAAAAGCAGACAGUUUUCUGACAGCGGAUGGGAUGAGUUAUCUCGAGGCCAAGCAUCUGUUACUUCUAAGUUAUUGCCAGUGUAUUGUAUAUUAUCUUCUAAGGAAAGCAAAAGGUUUCUCUAUCGAUGGCCAUCCUGUUGUAAGGAGCCUUGUAGAGAUACGAUUGUUUCUGGAAAAGAUUCGUCCCAUAGACAAAAAACUUCAGUACCAAAUUCAGAAGCUAACUACAGCCGGUGGCUCUGUGGCUGAACAAGCUCAUUCUGAGGGCAAGGAAUUGGGUGCAGCACAGAAAUCUGAAGAUCUUUCCAAUUAUAAGCCAAAACCAUACUUCCUUGCGGACAAAACUGAACAUCAGCUAGAGGAAGAUGUUUAUCGACCCCCGAAAUUCGCUCCUAUGUCUAUGGAGGAUAAGACGUCAAAACAGGAAAGAGAUGCCGCCAGAAAAGAGAAACACUUCUUAAGGCGAGCCACUGAAGAUUCAUACAUGAAAGAUGUGUUGGACGAGCUCGAGGACAGGCCUGAAGAGAUCAGAGAAUAUUUUGGGGCUGAGAGCAGGGAACAGAAGAAGUACAUGGCACAGUCUGAAAGGCAACAGAAGGUAGAAGAAGAACUCUUUACACGCGCACCUCGCACUAAGGAGGAUAAGAAGAGAGAGAAGAGGCUGCAAUCACAAAGCGGGUUAAAUGGACUAGCCGAGAAUUUCUACGAAGAAAUCAAGUUCUUGGAUAAAGAUGGUGAUCAGCCAGCAAGAUUUGGUGGCCGUAAAAGGGGAGGAAACUUCAAGAGAAGAAAGACGAGGCACUGA